CCCCCCCUCCGGCGCCCAGCGUACUAAGGCGCCCGGUCCGCCGCGCUCCGCUCACUGGCCGAGUAUCCCUGCUAACGGAGCGUCCCCCUUGCGCCUCCGGCCAAGGUUCCAACAGACCUCAUCACGAUGCCGUCUCAAAUGGAACACGCUAUGGAAACAAUGAUGUUCACCUUUCACAAAUUUGCUGGGGAUAAAGGCUACUUAACGAAGGAAGACCUGAAAGUACUCAUGGAAAAGGAGUUCCCGGGAUUUUUGGAAAAUCAAAAAGACCCUCUGGCUGUGGACAAAAUAAUGAAGGACCUGGACCAGUGCCGAGAUGGCAGAGUGGGCUUUCAGAGCUUCUUCUCCCUGAUUGCUGGGCUCACCAUCGCCUGCAAUGACUAUUUCGUAGUACACAUGAAGCAGAAGGGAAAGAAGUAGGCAGCCAGGACCGCCUGAGUCCUGAGGCCAUGAGUGUCAUUCCCCGAGGGCCUCUUAACGAGUCUGUCCCACAGCUUCCCCUCAAUAAUGAUUUCAUGAGCAGACCGGGACCCUUAGAAAUGUACACAUCAAAUCCAACCUCCAUUGACUGGAAGAGAAAGAAAAGUUAAUGCAAGCCAGAUAAGCUGUGGGUUUUUUUAUCGCUUGCCUCCUCUUGCCCUCAAUAAAAAAUUCCUUUUUUAGUUUC